AAUGUUGACUGAAAUGACGUUUGGUUUUCGUUCGUUGACAUCUAUGGGCGUGACAACAAGAAAAUAUUUUUGAUUGUUUUAAUUCAAAAUAAUAUAGGGUUUUAUCAUGGCUAAAUCUAAAACAGGGCUAUUUGCCCUGGGGUUCUUCAUAGCCGCAUCAUUAUUUGUGAUAAUUUCUUUUAUUAGUCCUUAUUGGCUAGUAACAGACGGCAAACUUAAGAAUCCAAAGUUUAUAAAAAUUGGCUUAUGGGAAGUGUGCUUCAAUGGUUUUGAAGAGGUACAUCAUUGGUAUGACACUGUAUUUACUGGUUGCUGGUGGAUAUUCGAAGAGGAAUACUACAUCAUUCACGAUGUACUUCUACCGGGUUUCUUCAUAGCAACACAAUUCUUUUUUACCAUCACCAUGUGUUGUGUUAUUUUGUCAAUGUUUUUGUCUUACCUGUACAUGAAGAAAGACAGAGAUGAUGACAAAUACCUCACCCUGCUGGUCACUUUGGGCACAGUUCUUGUUAUUGGAGGGUUCUCUGGAAUUAUUUCUGUGGUGACUUUUGGUGCCCGGGGUGAUGGACGUGACUGGAUGCCUAACUGGGAACACAAUGACCUGGGUUGGGCAUUUGCUCUUGGAGUUGUAGGUGUUGUCCUACUUUUCCCUGCCGGAAUACUUUUCUUAGUAGAAGCAAGAGUACAAAAGUACAAGAGACUUCAUGAAAUGCAGAGCAGGGAACCAUCAUCUUAUACUAUGCAUGAGAGGAAGGUUGGGUAUGCUGGUGGACAUACUGACAUAUAGACAUUUAGGCAGCUUUUUAUACAAAAUAAUGACUCCGUCCCAUCAGAUCUGUAAUUUUUAUUACACAAAUUUUAUGUUAUAUUUUAGUAAUAUAUGACUCGUAAACAAGUAAUGUUUAGCUAAUAAUUUUGUACUGUUUAUAUUUUAAACAAUGCCUGUAAAUGAAAUUGUCCGUCCAACAUAUUACAUUGUAUAACUAGUAGUUUAGACUGAGUAUACAUUAAUGUAAGUUUUUACAACAGUAGUGCUUUGUUCAAAUAGAAAUAGAGCAUUCUAGAUUAAGCUACUAACUUUAUUAUUGAUAAGUUGAUUUUAAGAUCAAAUCAAAAUAUACUUAACAUAGCUUCAAGCAUGUUUGAAGCAUUAAAAUGGCACAAGCAUUUAUUAUAAAUAUGGUUACAUACUUUGUUUUAUAAUUUCAAAAUGAAAAUAAGAAUCUCACUGUAUACAUACAUAACUUCAUACCUGUCUCCCAUGGGUGUAGGAAGAGACUGGAAUAGUUAUUGCUAUGAAUCUAUUACCAUUUAUAAAUUACAUUUACUAUCUAAUUUCAGAUCAUAAUUAUAAACUUAUUAUAUUUUCUAUUAUGCCAGCAGUAUAUAGUGCUUUACUAUCUUAAUUUUUAUUGGAAUGUUAAUCAAUCAUGCUUUUUGUACAUGUAUGUAACAAAUGAAUAAGAAUUUGAAUCUUUUUUAAUGUUUUUAUAAACUGUGUGUCUUAAAUAAAUGUUAUAUUAAUACA